UAACUCGUACCCCACAACAUAUUAUUAAAUAUAUAUCUGAUCAAUAACAUUUUAUGCUCGUAUAUUUUGAUGAGAGAAAGAAUCUAUAGAUAAUAAUACCACAAUAUUACAAACGCAUGAAGUGACAAAGGGGGCGUGGUUUAGCAAAUUCGAGAGUGAAGUUGCCAAUUAGUGAUGGCCUAUGGGCCCGUGUGAGGUACCUUAGGGGGGGAUGCUGUGGUCCGGUGUGGUGAAGCUGGUGACCACAUUAAACUUCACGGGUGAGAACUUGAGAAGUAAGGGCUGUGACGGACAAUUCUUUCACAUUAUACAUCGGUUACAGGCUUUUCGGUAUCUAAUAAUUACCACCAUCAUCAUUCGAACAGCUUUGUGUCUUUAAGAAAGUGAUGGAUAAGUUUAUAGAAGAAUUUUGGGCCUUAUAGGCGUUCUUUAUUUCCAUCAUCAUCAGAUCUGUCCAAGACGUGAUGGCCACUAAACGUUUAGCCUUGGAACUUGGUUUAGUACAGAAGAGGCAGGUGAAGAAUGUGUUAUUACCAACAGGAAAUAAGACAAAACAGGAGUUUGACUACUUGGUUGUGCUAGACUUUGAAGCAACGUGUUGGGAAACUGGCCCUAGAGUUGGACGACAGGAGAUAAUUGAAUUCCCGGCAGUUCUUUUGGACCUCAAUUCUGGAAAAAUUCUCUCAGAGUUUCAACAGUAUGUGAUGCCCACGGAUCAACCAAUACUGUCUGCAUUCUGUAAAAGUCUCACAGGGAUAACACAGGAGCAGGUGGAGGCAGGUAUACCCCUGGGGGCUUGCCUCUCUUUGUUCUCGUUGUGGAUCCACAAGUUAUGUGAGCAGUACCAGAUGUCCUUCAACAUAAGUGUCCCAAGCAGUCAUGUGACAUUUGCUACUUGGACUGACUGGGAUCUUGGAGUAUGUCUUCACUAUGAAUGUCUUCGUAAGCACUUGAGAAAACCUGAGUUCUUCAACCAGUGGACAGAUGUGAAAGUUACUUACAAGAAAUUUUACCAAAGAAGUCCAAAGGGCUUGGCUGGAGCGCUGCAAGACUUGGGCAUAGCAUUUGAAGGACGAGAACACUCAGGGAUCUGUGACACCCGUAACACUGCAGCUCUUAUCUCCCGCAUGCUCCGUGAUGGUUGUGUCAUAACUGUCACCAAGACUCUGUCAGCCAAGACAACCAAGGUCAACACCAUGAGAGCUGCGGCAGAAAUAUUAUUAGGUCAGAUGAAGAAGAUUGUGUUUAGUAGGAGGAAAGUAGAAGAUAACUGUGAUGGCAAUAAACUGAAAAGAAAACUGGAAGGCCAUUUAGAGAGAGACACCAAGAAAGAUGGAGACCUGAAUCCUUCUCAAGUGUCAUGCAGUACAGGAGGCAGUGAAUGUAUAGAAACAUCAGGUCUCAGGGAUGGAAUCAUCGAGCAGAACAUAGUGCCCAGUGAGAGAAUUGGGAAAGCACAGAUUUCACAUUCAAUAGAUAGGGUUAAUUUUGGGCUUUCUUGUAAUUAUAAUGUGGAAAGUGAGAUUCAUCCUCUUGGGAGUUAUGAAGGUCAUUCUCUGAGCAUUAAUGAUAACAUAAAGGAAAGACAAGGUUUGAUUAAAGCAAAAUCUCAACACAGUUCUAGCAUUCUUUCCAAGCCUUUUAAAGUUCCAAGUCUUGCAAUCUGUAAAAAGAUAAAUGUUUUACAGAACGAAAGUUAUUCUUCUGGGUGUACGAAAGAUAUGCCAAAGUUACUGAACUAUCCCAGAAUAAAUAGUUUUGAAACAAAGGUGAUCCCCACCAUUAAUGUUCUGGCAGACUUAACCAACAUGGCUACCAAAACAAAUACAUCUACAGGUAACAGAAGUCUUCAGUCACAUCAGAAGCUUCAACUUUCACACACUAGAUUCUACCAAGAUACUACUCCAAAUUUACGACUCUUUAAGAAGACGCCUCCAUUGUGUUCUUGUGGCCGGAGAGCGAAGCUUCUUGUAGUGUCCAAACCCGGACCAAAUCAAGGAAGAAAUUUUUUCUCUUGUCCGCAAGGAAAAAAUGGAAAGGCAACAUGCUGUAAAUAUUUCAAAUGGGAGGACCAUCCAUAUACAAAAGUGAGAUCGUGUGCAAGUAAAGCCUACACUCCCGUUACAAACUUAAACCGUCAGUUUGUUGCAGACUCUCUCCCCCACAAUGUGGCCAAGAGAGAGGAUCUUGUCAAGGAGUAUCAAGGACCUAAUAGUAGUGAACCUUUUAUGAAGAAACAAAGCCAUAAUAUGACUGUUCCACAUUUUGUAAAUUAUGGGUUAUUACAUGAAACUGUAGUUGAGGGACCAUCUACAAGCUUUGGGCCAAUUCCUUAUGAGAUUACUCCAUACAGGUAAAAACAAAAUUAAUUUUUUAAUAAAUUUACAUGAAAA